AUGUAUGCUAAAUGGCGUAGAACAAGUUAACAAAAAUAUCCAGAUCUUUCUUAACAUUUUAAAAAUUAAGUGAUAACAAGGAGGCGAUCUUGUUAUUGUGAUAAUUGCGGUAGGCUAAGCCAAUUUUAAUAAAUUCAUCAAAGUAACGAAUGGGUGCCACUGCAAAUCCAGAAUGAAGAAUCCAAAAAAGAAUUACUAUAGUAGAAAAUUUAGAAUGAUGAAAAAUAGCAAAUCAGUAAGAAUUCAAGAACUAUGUCUACAUCCAUGAGUCAGGCUCCUUCUUUUUAUAAGAAUUCAGAUCGAAAGCCUAGACGGAAUAGUUGUAAUUGCUCUGAAUGUGGGCCUAUGUCAGAAUACCAAAUUAAACAUAAGGACGUUCCUUAUAUUAAAAUGAAAAAGUCGAAAAAGCUUUUUGUUAUAAAAAGAAAAAACCUUACACAUAGUCGAACAAUUCAACUCGAAUAAAUGCAAAGCAGAAGCAGGAUCGAUCCUAAACAACUGAUUUAAUAAAAAAAGCAAAUGAUGAGUCUGAGACAUAUUGACUAUUAACACAGAAGACUCAAAACUGAAUGCGUGAGUUUCAGCUGGAUUGUUCUUCCUACAAUUAAAGAUUUCUCAUGCAGAUAGACGAAAAAGCUAAUGUGA